GCAAAAUAUACUCACCUCUGACUUUAGAUUACAGCCCUGCUGACCUCAGCAGAAGCCUCCUCUCAUCUUCCAAUCCGAUUCCAUCCGUUCCUGCACGACGGCGAGGGGAAAGGGAUGCACGGCCGGCCGCGUAAAUCCCCGGGCGUGAAGGACGCCGCCGCUGCAGCGGCUAAGGCCUCCAACCUCCGCGACCUUCAAGCUCAACUCAUUCACAACCACCACCACCGCGUGUAUACUAAGGAGGCGAUCUCCGCUAGCUCGAAGUUACUGGAAAUAAAUCCAGAAAUAUUAACCGUCUGGAACUACCGGAAACAUGCUUUUCUGCAGAAUCUCAAAGAAGCGACCGAUUCUGAGGGCAUCAAAUCUUUGGUUGACGAUGAGCUCAGAGCCGUAGAGAUGGCUUUGAGAGCGAACCCUAAAUCUUACGGGGCGUGGUUUCAUCGGAAAUGGGUUUUAAGUCAAGGGCUCGCUGCGGUAGAUUUCGACAGGGAAUUUCGGCUCCUGGAUCACUUGCUAAAAGCUGAUUCCCGCAACUUUCAUGGUUGGAAUUACCGUAGGUUUGUUGCCAAGCUGAAAGGUUUACCUGAUGUGGAAGAGUUGAAGUUCACGAUGGAUAUGAUUAACAGGAAUUUUAGUAAUUAUUCUGCCUGGCACAGUCGGAGUGAACUUUUAUCCCGAUUGUUGAACAAGAAGGCUCCGGGAUUUGUUGAUAGGGAAAGUAUUCUGACAAAGGAAUAUGAUCUUGUAAGUCAAGCUCUUUUUACUGACCCAAGUGAUCAAAGUGGAUGGUUCUAUCAUCUUUGGCUUCUUGAUCAGACUGUCACUCCAAAUGAAGUUUUACUGAUCUCUUCCUGGCCUUCCCAUGGUUCAGACUGGGUCCUAUCAGUGAAUGGAGAUGCAACAAUUUGCAAACCAUCCAAACCAAUUUGCACAGGCUAUUAUUUCAUGAAUACUGGAAAAUUACCCAUUGUUCUAUACUUUAAUCAAACUGUAAAAGGAGUAAAUUCAUCCAGUGUGACUGUAAAUUCUAUUUUUGUCAAGAAUGAAAAUCUUGUUUGGAGGCCACUCCCACCCUCCAAGUCUCAAGAAGCUGCUUGUUGGGUUACUUACCUACAAAUUCCAGAUGUGCUUAGUGAUUCGAAAGCUUAUGUAGUUGAGGUCAAACUCAGCCAUUCAAAGGAUAUUUUAUCGUCUAUUGGUUCUGAAUUCAACCAUCCUUCGCAUUUCAGAUUUACUUUGACCUUAAACUCUGAAAGUUUGGAGAAUGCUGGAGGAGAAUCAGUAGAUGAGCUGUUAGUUUGGAAUGAUGGUAGAAGUUCUGCGUUGGAAAGUAAUGAUUUGGUUUCAUUUGAUCAACUAAAUUUGUGUGAAGAUCAUGCAUCUGCAUUUUCUCAAUGGCAGUUGGCGACGAUAUCUAAUGAGAUAAAACUUUUUAAAGAGUUAUCCGAAGAAAAUUGUAUAUUUGUGAACCUUACAUUAGCACGACUGUUACUUGCUCAAGAAGUAAUGGUGUCACACAGAACUCUUACAGAAAGGUUAAACCAUUUGAGAGAGGUGUUAAAACUCUAUGACGAUUUGUUAAAGUUGGAUCCAAGGCAUGCUGGAUACUAUGAGGACGAAAGAAGCUUAGUUCUUAUGAAUCAGGUAACUUGUGAUGAAAAAUCUAUAUCAAGCCACCGUUCUCAUUCCAGUAACUAUACUUCAUCGAAGGUUCAUCUCCUUGGCUGUUUGCAACUUAAAAGCUUAUCAUUGACUCGGAUUGGGUACGUUGAGCGCCUGUUAUGGGUUCAAACACUCGAUCUUAGCCACAAUAAGCUCAGGUCGAUAGCAGGCAUAGAAGCAUUGCAACUUCUUACCUGUUUGAAUUUGAGAAACAACCAGAUCUGUAGCAUUACAUCAUUAGAACCUCUAAAGCCUCUUAGCUAUUUGAGAGUCUUGGACAUAUCCUUCAAUAAAAUAGGUCUUCACCCUGUUGAUACGACGAGGUAUCUAUUCUCGUCUCCCUUAACAUAUUCAAUGAUAAAGGACGAAAAAUACCUCGAAGAGUGCCGCCAGGCAAACAUCAAUGUGGCUGAUAAUUGGGAAGCCAUAUUUCUGUUUAGAGAUUUGCAUCUCAAGCAGUUAGAUGUCAAGGGGAAUGCAGUUGCUGAUGAGAAGUUUAGAGCUCUUCUGAAGAAGGUGCUUCCUACUCUUAUUUGGCUUGAUGGUGAACGAUUAUAAAAGCCAGGCAUUUCUGUACUGCGAAAUUCUCAGGUGUGUAUAAUUUUUUUUUGAGAAAUUGGCAUACACACCAUAGAAUUCUUUUACAUUUAUAUAUCAACACCUAAAUUUUCAUAUUUACAUUUAUUACACUUUGGUUUGAUAAGCUUAUGCAUGAAAUGACGCAUCUAAACUAUUUAGGUGAUACUGAUAUUUUUGAUGUAAUAUUAAAAGAUUUGACGGCUAUGCAUGUAAAUAU